CUGAUUAAGUUCUUACAGCUGCAUAUCUAAUACUUAUCUCUUCAAGGACCAGCUCAUUGAUUUUCCUCAAUCCCUCCAUUUUAUUUUGAUAUAUAUAUUUAUUUUAGUUUAGUUUUUAUUUUUUUAAAAUAGGGGCCUUCCCUGUGGGAGGGGCACAUUCCCUGAGUACCCACUAGGUAUCACCCCCCAAAGUAAAACAAAUGUAAAGCAGGGAAUUGAGAUGUGGUAUAUUAAUACGUGGAGAGAUGUAAGUUAAAUCUUUAGUGAUCUUCAAAAUAAAACAAACAGGGCUGGGGAGACAGAUUCACAGACCGGGGAGACCGAUUCAGAGACACGUAUCAAGGGUCCAGGUUUGAUCCCGGCGCCUCAUAUUCGCCCAGGCACCACCAUGAGUGACUCCCAAGCAUGGAGCACCUCUGGGUGUGGCUCCAAACCUAAAUAUUCAUUAAAAAGAAAACAGAUAUGGGGGUUGGAGCGAUAGUACAGUGGGUAGGGCGUUUGCCUUGCAUGCGGCCGACCCGGGUUCAAUUCCCAGCAUGCCAUAUGGUUCCCUGGGCACUGCCAGGAGUAAAUUCUGAGUGCAAAGCCAGGAAUAACCUCUGUGCAUUGCUGGGUGUGGCCCCAAAAGCAAAAAACAAAACAAAACAAAAAACACCUGGCAAUGCUCAGGGCUUACUCCUGGCUCUGCAAUCAGGGAUCAUUCCUGGAGGUACUCAGGGGACCAUCGGGGCCAGGAGUGGAGCUAACAGUGGACUUAAGGUAACAGAAACAGGGUUCUCUAAAGAAUCCCGAAAAUCUAGGGCACAGUCGCAGCAGGAAGUGGUGACAGCAGGGUUGAGGGUACUGUACAACUCUAAGGCCACACUCCAAGGGCAUGGCAGCAUCUCAGUGCCCAACAAGGCCUUUUGACUCCUCUUGAAAAGUCAACACCCCAGGAAUGCGGGCCCUUUUCCAGGGACAAAGAGUUUUUCUCACAACUGCAUCAAAACUCCAUGUUUUCCUUCCUCCCCCCCACUCCAGUAACUGUCCAGUAAACUGCCAGCAAAGGAGGCAAGUCAGAAAGCCUGAAACUAAAAAUCUUCAAGAUCCUCUCCAGAAGGCAAAUGGCACUGUCGGCGCUGGUAUUUGGUUUUAUCUUGCCAUCUCGUGUAUAAAGCUGUCACGGAACCUAAGAAUCCUAGGGGACAGGGGUCACACCUGAGAAUUGCGGGGGAGACACUCCCAAGCCUGCGAGCCGGGUGCACGGCUUGCAUGCCAGUUCAUAUUGUCCCCUCCUCACCCCUGCACGACUUUUUUCCUACUUAGCCACCUAUGAACCAGGCAGGGUUCGAUUAGUGAUUUUUAAUACCACACUUUCUAGGUCUGCUUUGGAUGUGGGUCCCCUCCUGUGCCCCAAGCUUGCUGGGGGCCUGUUAGAAAUAAAGAUUCGCGAAUCGAUCCUUCAGUAAAUGUGGAACAAAAUCAGGCAAGAAGCAAACUCAGUCUGAAUAGGAUGAAGGGAGUCUUCUGACAUGGAAGAUGGGACAACUGCUGAAUUCUAACCUUUCCACCUUCCAGUCUACGGGCGUUGCAGGGCGAGCAAGAAGCCGGCAGGUGGUGCCACAUGACCACGAACGGCAAAACGUGCGCGUCCGUCAGGGAGAGAAGCUGGAGGCGCCCGGACAGCAAAGUCACUCCCGGUACCGAUGCCACCGGCUCUGGCUUAACCUGGGCGGGGGGCGACACGCGUAGACAGAGGAUGGGGUUUGGGAGGGGGAGUAGGGGGUCGCCUCUGCGGCGCUGGCUUCUUUCUUUCUUUCUUUCUUUUUUUUAGGUCAAUGUGAUGGGUAUCUGAAAUCGUCUGUAGCUGGCUUCUCCGACUUCUUGGGGCAGGAAGGCGCCACCGUCUCUGCAGCCGCGGGGACCACGGGGAAGCGGACACCGCGGCGCCGCGCGGGCCGGCGCCCUUGCUCCGCGGACCGGACUCCAGAGCUGCCAGCCCAAGCGCCGGGAUCUACUACUGAGGCCGCCGCCGAGUGCCAGAGCCGCGGGGAAGCCCCUUUCCAUUGGCCGGCGGGCGGGAGGCCCCGCCUCGGUGGGGACGGUUCUGCCCGGUGAUUGGCUCCCGGAGCGCAGCUGGCCACACCCCCGCCCCUAGCACAUACACAAGAGUCACGCGCCUUUCAGUAGGAAACUUGGCGUGCCGAGGAGGACAGCGGCCCUCGUCUCCCCACCCCCUUACCUUGCCAUUGGUCCGCGGUGCCGCUCACGACCACCCCCCCAUCCAAGCCCCCUGGCCGGGAGUCCGGGCGCCCGCCCAUGAUUGGCUGCCCGGCCUGCCUCUCGCGGGAGCGGCUGGCCCUCUCCCCACCCCUCGCCCCCCUCCCGCGAGCCUCGAGGCUCCCAGCUGGCCGAGGCCGCGUCCGUGUCAGUCAGGGAGGCGGACCGCCGGGGCGCGCGGGUGCAGACGCUCCGCCGCGAUCCGGCCCAGGGGCCCGGUGCCCGCGCUCGCGCCGCCGGCGGGGAAGGAUGAAGCGGCAGCUGGAGGAGCCACCCUAUGAUUGGCUGUGGCGCCUGUGAACCCGGAGUAAAGAUGGCGGGCGGGCAGGUAGCCGCCGCACUGCCCACUUGGAAGAUGGCGGCGCGCCGCAGCUCCAGCGCCCGCGGCCGGGGGGUCCUGCGGGCGGCGGGGCGGCUGCUGCCGCUGCUCUUGCUGAGCUGCUGCUGCGGCGCGGGCGGCUGCGCGGCGGCGGCGGGCGAGAGCGAGGAGACGGUGAUCAUCGGGCUGCGGCUGGAGGACACGAACGACGUGUCGUUCAUGGAAGGAGGGGCGCUGCGGGUGAGCGAGCGGACCCGGGUCAAGCUGCGGGUGUACGGGCAGAACAUCAACAACGAGACGUGGUCUCGCAUCGCCUUCACCGAGCACGAGCGGCGGCGCCACAGCCCCGGCGAGCGCGGGCUGGGGGGUCCCGCGCCGCCCGAGCCGGACAGCGGCCCCCAGCGCUGCGGCAUCCGCACUUCAGAUAUCAUCAUCCUGCCCCACAUCAUCCUCAACCGCCGCACUUCGGGCAUCAUUGAGAUCGAGAUCAAACCGCUGCGCAAGAUGGAGAAGAGCAAGUCCUAUUACCUGUGCACGUCGCUGUCCACGCCAGCCCUGGGCGCCGGCGGAGCCGGGGCCGCGGGGGGCGCCGUCGGGGCCAAGGGCGGCUCCGGCGUGGCCGGGCUCCCGCCGCCCCCCUGGGCCGAGACCACCUGGAUUUACCACGACGGCGAGGACACCAAGAUGAUCGUGGGCGAAGAGAAGAAGUUCCUGCUGCCCUUCUGGCUGCAGGUGAUCUUCAUCUCGCUGCUGCUGUGUCUGUCGGGCAUGUUCAGCGGCCUCAACCUGGGGCUCAUGGCCCUGGACCCGAUGGAGCUGCGCAUCGUGCAGAACUGCGGCACGGAGAAGGAGAAGAAUUACGCCAAGCGCAUCGAGCCCGUGCGCCGGCAGGGCAACUACCUGCUGUGCUCGCUGCUGCUGGGCAACGUGCUGGUCAACACCACCCUCACCAUCCUGCUCGACGACAUCGCGGGCUCCGGCCUGGUGGCGGUGGUGGUCUCCACCAUCGGCAUCGUCAUCUUCGGGGAGAUCGUGCCCCAGGCCAUCUGCUCCCGCCACGGCCUGGCGGUCGGGGCCAACACCAUCUUCCUCACCAAGUUUUUCAUGAUGAUGACCUUCCCCGCGUCGUACCCGGUGAGCAAGCUGCUGGACUGCGUCCUGGGGCAGGAGAUCGGCACCGUGUACAACCGGGAGAAGCUGCUGGAGAUGCUGCGGGUGACCGACCCCUACAACGACCUGGUGAAGGAGGAGCUGAACAUCAUCCAAGGGGCGCUGGAGCUCCGCACCAAGACGGUGGAGGACGUGAUGACCCCGCUGCGGGACUGCUUCAUGAUCACCGGCGAGGCCAUCCUGGACUUCAACACCAUGUCGGAGAUCAUGGAGAGCGGCUACACCCGCAUCCCGGUGUUCGAGGGGGAGCGCUCCAACAUCGUGGACCUUCUCUUUGUCAAAGACCUCGCCUUCGUGGAUCCCGACGACUGCACGCCCCUGAAGACCAUCACGAAAUUUUACAACCACCCCUUGCACUUCGUGUUCAACGACACCAAGCUGGACGCGAUGCUGGAGGAAUUUAAGAAAGGUAAAUCGCACCUGGCCAUUGUGCAGCGAGUCAACAACGAGGGGGAGGGCGAUCCCUUCUACGAAGUUCUGGGCAUCGUCACCUUAGAAGACGUCAUCGAAGAGAUCAUCAAGUCCGAGAUUCUGGACGAGACGGAUCUGUACACGGAUAACAGAACGAAAAAGAAAGUGGCCCACCGCGAGAGGAAGCAGGACUUUUCUGCCUUCAAGCAGACAGACAGCGAGAUGAAGGUUAAGAUCUCACCCCAGCUUCUCCUGGCCAUGCACCGUUUCCUGGCAACAGAAGUAGAAGCAUUUAGCCCAUCCCAGAUGUCAGAGAAGAUUCUCCUAAGGCUGCUAAAGCACCCCAAUGUCAUCCAGGAACUGAAGUACGACGAGAAGAACAAGAAGGCCCCCGAGUACUACCUCUACCAGCGCAACAAGCCUGUAGACUACUUCGUGCUCAUUCUGCAGGGCAAGGUGGAGGUGGAGGCCGGGAAGGAAGGCAUGAAGUUCGAAGCCAGCGCGUUCUCCUACUACGGCGUCAUGGCCCUCACCGCCUCCCCAGGUGAGAACAAGUCCCCCCCGCGCCCCUGCGGUCUGAAUCACUCGGACUCGCUGAGCAGAAGUGACCGGAUCGACGCCGUCACGCCCACCCUGGGGAGCAGCAACAACCAGCUCAACUCCUUCCUGCAGGUCUACAUCCCCGACUACUCGGUGCGCGCCCUGUCCGACCUCCAGUUCGUCAAGAUCUCCAGGCAGCAAUACCAAAACGCCCUGAUGGCCUCCCGGAUGGACAAAACCCCGCAGUCCUCGGACAGUGAAAACGCGAAAAUCGAAUUGACUCUUACGGACCUGCACGACGGGUUGCCGGACGAGACGGCCAACCUGCUCACCGAACAGAACUGCGUGCCUCUGGGCAAGGCCAACCACAGCCUGCACGGCGAGGGCGCCAUCUAGCGGCCGCGCUGCGCCCCGCACCCUCCUGACACCAAAGACUGUCCCCUCCCCGGAGCGGCCCAGGACGGCGCGGGGGUCCGGGGGUCCGCCAGGCCCGGCGCGGCCUCCCUCCAGCCCCGAGGAACUUCUUCCGCCCAAAUAGAAUCAUGUUUUAUUUUUUCAGCUCUACCUUUGAUCAUUACUCACUCUCUUCAUUCAAUUUGCAUGAAGUUGGAAAUUGUUACGAUUUAUUUUUUUUUUUCUCCCCCACCCCAAAGAGAUCAUGUUUUUUUGGUUUUGUGUUUGGUUUUUUGUUUUGGUUUUUUUUUUUUUAAAAAAAAAAAGCGUCUGUUGCAGAGUUCCGAGUGGUUCUGUCGGAACUCUGCUGUGACCCCCCCCCCAUGAUGUGACCCCAUCACUCUGGAGGAUGGACCCGUGGCGGCCCGCCUGGGUUCCCCGCACCCCAGGGAGGGGCCCCCUGCCUGGAGGGGGGCGCUGGGGGCGGGGGCGCUGCGGGUCUUGAAGGAUGAUCGUGAACAGUGUUAGUGCGGCCUGCCGAGCCCACCCCCCCACCCCCACCCCCGCCACUCUGGCCCCUGUGUCCAGAUGCGAAUGUUUGAGUGUGUCCCACCCCUCGGAAAGGUUUCUGUGCUUGGAAAUGUGAUUUUGUUCCCACUCUAAGGACUUUUUAUCACCCAAAUGAAUGUUAAUGAAUUUUAAACCCAUGGUUCGUCAUUGGCAAGAGGCCAGGUACCGUCAUCUGCCGCUCCCACCGUCUGUCCCCCACUUUCUACUCCUCGUUGACCCCAGAUGCUGCUACCGAGCUGCGAGACAGAGACCGGAGACCCUCCUCAGGGCAGCCCCCAGGCCAGCCUGCCCCCUCCCGCCGGGCGCUGUGCUCGUCAGGCAGCGGGGGCUCUUCAGCCCGGCUGCUGCCCAGACAGGGGCCACCCGUGGGGCCCCAACAGGGAUCAGGUCCCGCUGCAGGACCAGGCACCUGCCCGCGCGUCUGAUUCCACUGCCAGUUCGCAUCGGGCACCAGCAGGGCCAGUGCCACAGCCUGCGUGGGGGUGCCCGAGCGGGGAUGCCCGACCCCUAGUGCCAGGGGAAGAAGAGGGUCUCCCCUCUCAGAGGGGCCCCUGCUUCCCCCCGCCCCCACCCAGCGAGGGACGACCCUGCCCCGCAGUGUGGCGUUGUCCCCUGGGGCCUUGUCCACUGUUUCCUCCGGAGCCCCGUCCUCGGGGGUCUUCAGGCAGGGCCAUGCCCCUUUGUGAGGGCUUGAGACCCCUGCGCCCUCAGCACUCUGUUGCAGAAGGGAUCGGCUGAGCGGGGUCUCUCUGUUCAGAGGCGGUGGCAGAGCGCACGGCGGAGGCGGGGACGGGAACCUGCUGGCAGGAGUGCAGGGGUGCGGGCUCGCCGGGCGGGAGGCCCCAGUGUCGCCCGAAUUCUUGCCCCGACACAUCUUACCUUCCCGGCCUGGCCUGGCUGCCUCGACCUUCAGGCUGCUCGGCCUGUCAGCCUCUGCGAGAAGGCGCGUGUGAUUGGAGGGGGUGCAGGGCCCCCCUCAGCGCCCCCUCAGAGCCCCGCGGCCCUCUGCGAGCUCUCGCGGGCCCGGAGCCGGCUCCUGUGCCGCCCGGGGACCCAGCCCGGCCUCCCCAGCGUCUGCUCAUUAUCUCCCAUUAACCACGCUUUGCCCUAGCAAGGGAUCCAGAAUAAUUCCCACCUGGGCUGCCGGGAGUUGGCUGGGGCUCUGCGUGGCGGGACCCUGGGGGUCCUUGGGUGUUCACGCUUCCCCUUGGGCCCCGCUCGAGCCCACCUGAGGCUACCGCAGAAGUGUGGGCUUGUUUGUUGCUUCCAAGGCCCGCAAGCGCCUGUCUGUGCAGCAGACGGGCGUCUGUCUGGAAAAGAAGGCCUGUGAGCCGGGGAGAGCCUUCUGCUCCCCACCCCUGCCAGCCCCCCAGCUGUAAGCAUGGUGGCCGUCGAAGGGGGCAGGGGUCUCACUGUCCUUCACACUGGCCCCUGCUCUCCCCCAGGCCCUGCUCUGGGCUGCCACUCUGGCAUCAAAAGUUCCCACGAGUUCCAGACGUCCUCAGAUUGUCUGCUGGUCUUUGAUGGACAGGCCCUUCCUGCCGCUCCAAGCCUCUCCCUUUGUUCCCUCGGGCUACAAUAGCAAGUACUUAAACUCCCAGGAAACCAGAACCUGGCGAUGUACGUGGGUAAUUGGGUGCUAAUCGACUCGCUUGGUUCUUUUGACUGCCAGAGGGUUGCCUCCCUGAGCACUGCUCUUCCCUCCCCUUCCCCAGGCCUCUGAGAGGGGCUCACAGGGCCUCGAACCCCCUUCCAGGGUUAUUCAAGGAGCUGCCGUGUGAGCCGUGCCUGGGGCCCGCACACGUCCAGGCGUGUAUUUAUCGGCUGUGCCAGGGGCAGCGUUUCCAAGUCUGGGAGUCAGUGGUGGAGACAAGAGUCACAUUUUCCCCAGGAAGGGGAGCCAUGGAAAUCUGGACCCAGCAGGGAUCAUAAGUGGCCCCUGGUGACAUCACCAGGUCAGAGAGAUCCCUAGGAACAGCCAGCAGGGUGGGCCCAGGAGACCAGGACUGAGCCCCAGACAGACCCCCCACGGCCGGUACUCGCCUCAUGCUGGGGUUUGCGGCAGCUGGCCGGGUCAGACAGGUGCUGGUGCUGGCGUCCCCGGCCCUGGGCUAGUGAGAUGCGCUUCUGGCCAGCAGGGUGUCUAGGUGAGCUGGAGGUUGGCCCGGGAAUUGAAAGGAAGUCAGCUGAACGUGCGCAAGAUUGGGGACCCCAGAAGUUCCUGGGUGGGUUUUGUCAGUGAGCUGCCUGCUCAGUGGCAUUAAACCUCAGGGCCAGUUGUAACUCUCCGUCCUCCCAUUUCUGUCCCGUUCAAGUGGGCUGAUCAGAGAGCCGAGUCCAGAGAAUUCUGGGAGGGACAUUUGCCCCAGGUGGGGGAGGGGCACCCUGGGGUCCCGUUUGCUGAUACACCGUCUCCCCCUCCCUCUCGCCGACGGGGGCCUCUCUUUCCUAGCACUUGCUUCCAUCCCUGCUGAUCAUUCCAGCGUCUCUGGGCUGUCCUGAGGAGGGCACAGUCGGGGGUGGGUCACAGCCACAGUCACACUCAAGCCACUUUGCUUCCCCUACCCCAGGCCUGGGACGUGUUUGCUGCAUAGACCUUUGUCAUUGGCUUAGCCGACAAGCUUUGUCUCCGCACGUUGGAACUGUGUCUGCACUGUCUCUAGACGGGAAACACCAGCCUGCACUUGGGUGUGUGUGUGUGUGUGUGUGUGUGUGUGUGUAGCAACAGAGAUAUGAUCUAGAGUGUGUAGCAACAGAGAUAUGAUCUAGGGUGUGUGUGUGUGUGUGUGUGUGUGUGUAUUUGGAGCAAUAGAAACAUGAUUUAGGGUUCUAGGGUGUGUGUGUGUGUGUGUGUGUGUGUGUGUGUGUGUGUGUGUGUGUGUGUGUGUGUGUGUGUGAAGCAACAGAAAUAUGAUCUAGGGUGUGUGUGUGUGUGCGUGUGUGCGCGCGCCCGCAGACCCCAUGCCACAGGUAGACUUGAGGAGACGUCCAGAGUUGGAGUUCCAUGGGCGACUGGAGCAAACCCAGAGGACGGGGACGGUUGUCUUGCUCCACUCUGGCCUCCACAGCUGCCCACACAGCACCAGUGUGGCUUCGCUUGGAAAGUGAUGGCGGGAGGGGGAGGGGAGAGUUUCAGGCUCACUCACGUCCCCGGGUGCAGAGACCGGGCAGGGGGGUGGGGCAGAGGCCGGAGCCCGUGUGUCUGCGGGUGGCCGUGCAGGGGUUGCCGGUCUGCCCCCAGGGCCCUGUGCACCCACCGCCCGUGUAUAUGCUUCGUUUUGUAUUAUUUAUUAUGUACAUACGCCUCCGUUCGUCCCGCGUGACUGAGAGCCGGUCUGGGGCCUUCCUUAGGGAGCCGAGGGUGGGAACGGCGGCGGUGACAACCUGAGUUUGGGACAACGGCGGAGGCGACUCCCCGGCCCUGGGUGCCUCUGUGAAGUACCUGAGGGGGGUCCUGGUGACUUCAUGGGGCCGAGCCCGCCCUCCCCGCCCGCCACCCUUCCCUCCGGGGAUGGGAGGAGCUGCUCGGAUCGGGGCUGCCGGGCCCCUGGGCUCCCCCUCUCACGCCUUUCCUGGUUUCCGAGGCCCAGGCCAGCUCUGCCGGCCCCCCGGGAGGCCCUGUUGGUGUGCAGUGUUCUGUCCCCAGCCUCUCCUCGCUGUAUCAUAGUGUACAGUCCACGACCCCAGCCGUGUUCUCCGAACGCAGCACUCGGUGUACAUAAGCCCGGACAAGCACAAACGCCGUGUAUAGGUUUCCUGAGCUGAUUGUCAUAAUGAAUGCAUUUUAUAAUUCAAAUGAUGUAGAUUUACAAUCUUUCCUAUUUAUUUUGUACCAAUUUAUUUGUAAAUUUUGUGAUUGUUUUAAAAGGUUUUUGUUGCCUUCUAUUUAGAUAAAUGAUUUCCGUUCACUCUUCUA